AUGGAAUUCGAAGCAAUGGGCAUUCGAACGCGCUCUGCGACAAGGAACGCAGUCCGGUGGAUGGUGCUGUUCCUCCUGCUGCAGUACCUGGGCAGCCAUCCCUCCUUUACUGCUGCAGGGGAGGAGGAGAAACACGUGACCAUUGGAAUCACGAAGUAUUUCCACUACGCCAAUUCUAUAUUUAGCAGCAAUUUUGGUGGCCGCGUUGAUUACAGUAACUCUCAGUUCUCUUGUUUUAAUGGUGGAGGCCUUCUUGCUGCGGAUCAAACACCUGCUGCACAUAUUUCUAUCGCAGCUCAGUUGAGAGAGCUUGCAUCCAAUAAAGAUGAAACAUUCCGUUCGUACCUUGGCGGGACUGCCCAGUACACAGCGAAUUCGGCGCCGCCCGAAAACAGGUGUUUACGUGAUGAGCGUCGGGCAUCGUUAAAAUGUAUUUACAAGUGGAAUGAGGGUGCGUUUCGCGACUCCUCAUCCGAUGGUCAUGGUGUUUCGUUUUUCAGGGGUACAAUGUAUACGCUUAUUGGCGCAAAGGCAAUGAACGGGUACGAUGCUUAUUGGGGCCCUAAGUUGCCUGGGCACGGCCAGUUGUUCUUAAUGUUUCGUAUGGAUACGAACCAAAACGAUGAGAAGGCGACGUGGUAUGACGGGCAAGGUGUGCCCAGGGGCGAUGGAGAAACGCCCGAAAACACAUUUGGCGUUGUCUGUGAGACUCAAGAGGGGUACGUCGUCAGCACUACGACGCUUCCACCGACUGUGGAGAUUCCGUGGGUGCAUAAGCGUUGGUACGUUAUCUUGAUUGCCAUAUUGGUGCCGGUUAUUGUUGCUGUCGCGAUAAUCACUGUCUACUUCUGCCGUUCUUGCGGUGGCCACGAUGAAUCGAAGUGGGUGGUGCACAUGGUCUUGCGGGAGGUGAACGGUGAGCCCCUUCAUCCAAUUGACGGGGAUGGUGGAAUCUACAACGAUGACAGCCCGAUGAUGCGCUAUUCAACGUUGGGUGAUGGGGUGCCCAUGACUGCUCCCUCUGGAUACGAAAACGUUGAGGUCCCUAGGGUGAUAAAGAAUCAAGAAACCACUGUGUACGAUGACGGGGAUGUGCUUUAG